CGUACUCAACAGUCACCGCAAACUGUGAGCCGGUUUUUCAUUUUCUUCGCCUCUCUCCCAUUUCAGCUCGCCGCCGGACCCCAGUGAAAGAUCCGUCCCGAAAACCCGACUCAAGGAAAAGAUGCUUCGACACGCCCCACGAUUGCUUUCAAGAGCCACCUCCUCCGCCAUGAGAUGGCGCCGCCCAUUCUCCACCAAUGUUCCGGCCGAGACUCCCGUUGACGCCAAGUUCGUCGAGUCUUGGAGAUCGACCAUCCCAAACAUUGAGCCUCCGAAGACACCCUCCGCUUUCAUGGCUCCUCGACCUCCGACGCCGUCCACCAUCCCUUCCAAGCUCACAAUCAACGUCGUCCUUCCUUACAACUCCAUUUUCUCCGCAAAAGAGGUUGAUAUGGUCAUUGUCCCUGCAACUACCGGGCAGAUGGGUGUGUUGCCAGGGCAUGUAGCCACAAUUGCAGAGCUGAAGCCAGGCGUCUUAUCAGUUCAUGAAGGCAAUGAUGUGACUAAAUACUUUGUAAGUGGUGGAUUUGCAUUUAUACAUGCAAAUUCAGUCGCAGAUAUCAUUGCUGUGGAGGCUGCGCCUGUUGACCAAUUUGAUCAAAACCUUGUUCAAAAGGGCCUUGCGGAGUUUACGCAGAAACUAAGCUCUGCAUCAACAGAUGUGGAGAAAGCUGAAGCUCAAAUCGGGGUUGACGUACACAGCGCUCUUAAUGCUGCUCUUACAGGUUAAGGCUUCCAAAGAGACUAAGUCCGAAUCCAUUCUGUUUAUCUCCUAUUUUCAGUCUUUGCUUGAGUGACUCAUUUGUACCUAACUUGGAAAGGCAAUUUUAAGUUUGUUUUAUCUGUACAACUAUCUUGCUGUCCGAUCUUAUACUGGAAGUUAAAUAAGCAUUAGGAUCAAGCUGAAUAACGUUGUGUUUUGUCAGAAUCUCAUGCGACAUCCUCUAUACUAAAUUGAGGGAAUCAAUUGGAAUAUACUAGCAUUUUUCUGCUGAA